AUGGUGGAGGUGGACAGCAGCAUCUCCUGGAACAUCCUCCACUCCCAGUUCAUCCUCAGCUUGAAGAAGGGACACCACUUUGAGGACCAGAGACCCCAGUCCAGCUCCUUGGGGCUCCCCAUGGUGAUGCUCGCCAGUGAAGAAAGCCCAGGACCCUCAGCCCUCUGGGCCAGCUCCAGCUCCCUGCCUUGGCGCCCUGGCUAUAAGAGGAAGUGGUCAGCGGCAUUUGGAGCAGAGGCGGAGGACGAGGCCCAGGACAGCUGGAUCGUGAAGUCGCUGAGUGGGCUCAGGAUGAAGUUGAAGAAACAGCAGGUGUUUUUGGUGCUGCCUGAACACCACAAGGUCUUCAACAAGAUGCUUGAGGAUCAUGUCAUUAAGAGAUUCCUGGCCUGGGACAGAAACCUGAAGGUAUCUGACAAGUAUCUCCUGGCGAUGGUGAUUGCUUAUUUCAGCCGAGCCGGCCUCUUCUCCUGGCAAUACCGGAGGAUCCAUUUCUUCAUAGCUCUCUACCUGGCCAGUAAGAUGGAGGAGGACAACCAGGCCCCCAAACAGAUCAUCUUGUCGUUCCUCUAUGGAAGAAACCACUCCCAGCGUCACUUGUUCCACAAACUGCUUUUCCAAUUCAUCUGUUCUAUGAACUGGAAGAUGAGGGUAACACAGGAAGAGUGUGAGAAGAUCCAAGCUUUUCACCCGAGGCUCUGGGUGUGGGAUCGAGAUCGUGCCCUCUUGCCCUAG